GAAAGAAGAUGAUUACUACCCAACAUCAGUCAUGCCGAUACGGUGGAGUUACGCGCGCGGAAGAGUGUGGAAAGUUGGCCAGGGCCCCGGAUUCUCGUUGCGGCCAUCAUAUAUAGCUCCCGGUCUCGACUAGAUACUGACGGCCGUGUGCAAGUGCCAUUAAACUCAAGUGUUAACUUUCAGCAAUCCACACCAUGACAAAAACAAUCGUCAUCCUCGGGGCCAGCUACACUGGUAUCCCCAUCGCCCAUUACCUCCUCAAGCACACGGCGCCCAAGGCAAAAGACCUCAAGGUCAUCUUGGUGGCUCCCAACACACACCUGUACUGGAAUGUUGCCUCGGUUCGCGGCAUUCUUCCCAACAUGUUGGGCGACGACAAACUCUUCUUCCCUAUCGCCCCGACGUUCGCCAAGUACCCAUCGGACCAGUACGAGUUGGUGCGAGGGGUGGCCGAGAAGGUGGACCCCGACAGGAAUGUUGUCGAGGUGCGCGGGAACGACGGCUCUGCUCGGACGAUCCAAUAUGACGACCUCCAGCCCAACAGAGUCAUCGCCACCGGCAGCAGUUCCAAGAAUGACAUGCCCUUCAAGAACCUCUCGACCACCGAAGAGACCAAAGACGCCCUGCACAGCUGGGCGCAGCGCAUCGCCUCGGCCAAAUCCAUCGUCGUGGCCGGCGCGGGCGCCACAGGCAUCGAAAUCGCCGGCGAGCUCGGCCAAGAGUACGGCGUCACGGGCAAGAAGCAGAUCACCCUCAUCAGCGACCAGGAGCUACCCCUGACCUCCAAAUUCCGCCGUGACGUGCGCGAGACGGCCAAAAAGGAGCUGGAGCGCCUCAAAGUCAAAGUCAUCACCAACGCCAAAGUAACCUCACCCACCACCACCGGCCCAGGCAAAAACAGCACCAGCACCAUCACCCUCACCAAAACCGCCAACCCCAACCCCCAAACCUCAACCCCACCCCCCACCACCCUCCAAGCGGACCUGAUCAUCCCCACCUACGGCCUCACACCCAACACCUCCUUCCUCCCCGCCGCCAUGCUCGACGCGCGCGGCUUCGUGCAGCAGACGGCGCGGCUGCGGGCGGCGGGGCACGCCAACGUGUUUGUCGCGGGCGACGCCGGCAACCUCGAGGACCCGCAGGGCGUGUACGCCGACGCCCAGGCCGUGCAUCUGGCGAGGUUGCUGGCGGGGCGUGUUGAGGGGGGUCAAAAAGGGGAGGGGGAGGGGGAGGAGGAGGAGGAGGAGUAUAAGCCGGCGGGCAAGAUUACGUUCGCGGCUACGCUGGGGAGGAGUCGCGGGACGGGACAGGUCGGGGAUUGGAAGGUGUGGAGCCUGUUGGUGUGGUUUUUGAAGGGGCGGUAUUUGGGGACGAAUAUUGCGGGGGAGUUUGUGAGGGGGGAGAGGACGCUUAGUGUGAAGACGUGGUGAGGGAGGAGUACGGUACCUAGGUAAUGCUGGUUGGGUGGGGAGUAGUGGCGGUGAAGGGCGUUGGUUCGAG